GGCCAGGGCUGCGAGACAUGAAGGCGCAGUGGAGCAGUAUAAUUCCGAGCAUUACCGACACGUGGGUGGAGGACGCUGACUGCAGCAAUUACAAUAACGUCCACUGCAACGCUGCUGGCUUCGUGACACAACUAGACUUAACUAACAGAAGACUUACAGGCUCGCUUCCCGGCACCAUUGGUGUCUUCGUCAAUCUUCAAUACUUCUAUAUAGACUCCAACUCUCUAUCGGGCUCACUCCCAUCGACCUUCUCCAAGCUCGUUUCUCUAAAGGAAUUCAACGCCAAUCACAAUGAGCUCAGUGGGCCCCUGCCUGAGCACAUCGGUGCCCUCACUGCCCUGCAACAACUGCGACUGCAGGACAACCAACUGGAAGGGCCCUUCCCAGCAUCCUUCACCCAACUCACUGCGCUAACCUCAUGCGAGAUUUACAACAACCAGAUUUCGGGAUCUCUACCAGAUGCACUCGGGAGUGUCUCCAAGCUAUUAGCCUUCCGUGCCAACGACAACCUCAUAUCGGGCCCCCUGCCGACCACUCUAACAACCAUGACCACUCUCUCGUACUUGGAGCUGCAGAACAACAACCUGAGCGGACCCCUCCCUUCCAACCUGGGCUCCAUUAACACGCUUAAAACGCUCAAUCUGGCGCACAACGCAUUCAGUGGCACUCUUCCAAAUCAGUGGACAACACCUGAUAUCUAUAUGCUUGACAUCAGUGGCAACCACCUGUCUGGCACGAUACCGAACGAUCUCACAGGCUUGGUCUACCUCAUACUGCUGGACCUGAGCUCCAACUGCCUUACUGGAACAAUACCACAAGAUCUUGCUGGUCAUAACAACCUACAAGUCCUCAACCUGAGGGACAAUCUGCUCACAGGGAAGGUCCUCGAGCUCGUGCCAGCUAAUGUGUAG